GCUGGGCGAACGAGCGUGCGUGCGCGCGCGCGUGGAACGAUGUGAGCGUGUGUCUUGCGCGCUCAAGGCGCAGUGACAUGAAGAGAAGGGAGGAUAAUAACGUUUGGACCAGGACAUCGCACAUGGGAGCAUUGGAUUCAUAGCUGAGUCGUCGCCAAAAUGGCAAAAAAUACAUCAUUAUAUUUUCGCAUUGUCGAGGGCAGGAACCUCCCAGCCAAAGACGUGUCGGGGACUAGUGAUCCAUAUUGCAUAGUCAAAGUUGACAAUGAAGUUGUGGCCAGGACUGCUACAGUGUGGAAGAACCUUAAUCCCUUCUGGGGUGAAGAGUAUACACUUCACCUCCCAAUGGGUUUCCAUUCACUCUCCUUCCAUGUCAUGGAUGAAGAUACUAUCGGCCAUGACGAUGUUAUCGGAAAAAUUUCUCUGACCAAAGAAGCCAUUGGAUCUCAAACUAAAGUGCUCGACAGUUGGAUAAAUCUGACGAGGGUUGAUCCUGAUGAAGAAGUCCAGGGAGAGAUCCAUCUGACUCUACAACUGCUCAAGUACACAGAGAAGAUUGUCUUGCGAUGUGACGUGAUUGAAGCCAGAGACUUGGCUCCAAGAGACAUUUCUGGAACAUCAGAUCCAUUUGCAAGAGUUAUUUACAAGAAUCACAGCGCUGAGACCUCGAUUAUUAAGAAGACACGUUUCCCUCACUGGGAAGAGACACUGGAGCUGGACUUGAAACCAGAGGAACUUAAUGAAGAGGGAACUGUCAUUGUUGAGGUCUGGGACUGGGACAUGGUGGGCAAAAACGAUUUUCUGGGAAAGGUGGAAAUUCCUUCUUCCUGUUUGCAAAAAACUCUAUUGGAGAGCUGGUUUCGUCUGCUACCUUUGGGAAACAAUGAGGUGGAUGCAGGUGGCAAGUUGGGCGCACUGCGUCUGAAGGUACGUUUGGUGGAGGAUCAGAUUUUGCCGUCUGUAUACUAUCAGCCCCUUAUUGACCUUUUAGUCGAGUCUGUGAUCUCCCCAUCUGAGGUUGAAGACAGCAGUGCAUUGCGCAUGCUGGAGGACGUAACCACAGUUGAGAGCCGACAAGAUGUGGCCAUGACCUUGGUGAAGAUCUACUUGGGUCAGGGCCUGGUGAUUCCUUUCUUAGAUUAUCUGAACACCCAGGAGGUCCACCAAACUACAGAUCCAAAUACACUAUUUCGCUCCAACUCUCUUGCAUCUAAAGCUAUGGAGCAGUUCAUGAAGGCUGUUGGCAUGCUGUAUUUACAUGAAGUGCUAAAGCCCAUCAUCAACCGUAUCUUUGAAGAGAAGAAGUACAUUGAACUGGAUCCCUGUAAGAUUGACCUCAAUCACACAAGGCGAAUUUCAUUUAAGGGUGCCGUGUCGGAGGCAGAGGUGCGAGACAGCAGUGUGGAGUUGCUGCAAAACUACUUAACCAAGAUCGUUGAAUCAAUCGUGAGCUCAGUUGAGCAAUGUCCUCCUGUCAUGAGAGUGGCCUUCAAACAGCUGCACAAGCGGGUAGAAGAGCAGUUUGCUGAACCUGAGAACGAGGAUGUGAAAUAUCUCGCCAUCAGUGGAUUCUUUUUCCUGCGUUUUUUUGCUCCUGCUAUCCUCACACCUAAAUUGUUCCAGCUGAGAGACCAGCAUGCUGAUACACGUACAAGCAGGACACUGUUACUCCUGGCCAAGGCAUUACAAAGUGUGGGAAACCUGGGUCUCCAACUGGGACAUGGAAAAGAGCAGUGGAUGGAACCUCUCCAUCCCAUUAUCCUUCGCAGUGUGGCCUCUGUCAAGGACUUCUUGAACAAAAUGAUUGACAUAGAUCAUGAAAUCGGAUCUGAGAUGCCACAGCGGGCUGUGCUCCUCCCCUCAGUCAUCGUCAAAGAGGGCUACCUCCACAAACACAAAUCAGAAGGAGGCCAGCUUCUGUCCCGUUUCUCUUCCAAGAAGCGCUACUUUUGGUUAACAACAGAGACCCUCUCUUACGCAAAGACAUCUGAUUGGCAGGUGCGCUCCUCGAUCCCCAUCCAUUGUGUAUGCGGGGUAGAGAGGGUGGACGAAAAUGCCUUCCAGCAGCAGAAUGUAAUGCAGGUCAUUACUAAGGACAAUGAUGGGCAGCUGCAUACUAUGUACAUCCAGUGCAAGAAUGUAAAUGAACUGAACCAGUGGCUGUCCGCUAUCAGAAAAGUCAGCAUCUACAAUGAGCACAUGCUAAAUUCCUUCCACCCGGGGACACAUCGUGGGGGCAAGUGGACGUGCUGCCUACAGACGGAUCGUACAAUUGCAGGCUGCAGUCGAACCCACUCUGCUGUGACUCUGGGGGACUGGAGUGAUCCUCUUGAUCCUGAUGUAGAGACUCAGACAAUUUACAAACAGCUUCUCCAAGGAAGGGACAAACUCAGGAAAAAAUACCUCCCAGAAGCAGAUCAUGUGGGAAGCAUUAAAGAAGAGAUCAACUCUAACAUUAAUUCAGAUGGCGCAGAGAGUAAAGUGGACUUGGUAAGGCCGGGUCAGAGCCUUGCCACUCGGCUACUGAAGGUGAUUGAAAAUUUAGAACAAGCUCAUGCAACUUUCAAGAGCAGAGAUGAGGAGGCCCCUACAAAUGUUAUCCUAAAUCCAUAGAGAAAGACUAAUACACCUGUCUCAAAUAUAAGUGAGAUGGAGUGUCUCUCUCGGGAUCAUAAUGGAGGAAAAGUGGGUGAAUGGAUGCUUCCUUUUUAGUACAUUUCCAAUAUGUAGGCCAUGCUUUGUAUUCUGAGAGUGACAUUGACUUCAGCAAUGCCGCAGAGAAUGGAUGACACUUGACGAUGAAGGGAGCAUGAUCGGACUUGAUAUUUUUUGUGGCAUGACCUGCAUUCACCCGUGGCUGAAUGUGUAAAGAAACCUUUUAUAUUUUGACAGUGUACAGGUCACUGGGUCACACAUUCUUAUGCAAAAGCUUGUUAUUGUGUAGACUAAACUUUUUGAAAGUGAGGUGUUUUAGUGUCGCUGAAUGUACUUGAUUAACGGGACUAUGGUAGUGACAUUAUCAUUAUGAGAGAAGAUGUAUCAGCGUGCCACACGUUAACUUGUUCCUAUACAAGUAAAAAAAAAAUAAAGGUAUUGUAGUUGUUGCUUUUAUUUGGUGCUAUCAGCAUUCAAAUCAAAUAUUUUGUCCUUGAUGCAGCGUUGGAUGCUUUAUGAAAACUUUCCAAUAGGGUUGUUCCGAUCAUGUUUUUUUGCUCCCGAGCCGAUCCCGAUCGUUUUAGUUUGAGUAUCUGCCGAUCCCGUUAUUUCCUGAUCCGAUUGCUUUUUUUUGCUCCCGAUUCAAUUCCAAUCAUUCCCGAUAAUUUUUCCCGGUCAUAUACAUUUUGGCAAUGCAUUAAGAAAAAAAAUGAAUAAAACUCGGACGAAUAUAUACAUUCAACAUACAGUACAUUAGUACUGUAUUUGUUUAUUAUGACAAUAAAUCUUCAAGAUGGCAUUUACAUUAUUAACAUUCUUUCUGUGAGAGAGAUCCACGGAUAGAAAGACUUGUAAUUCUUAAAGGAAAAAUGUGACUUUGUAUAUUGUGACUAAAUAUUGCCAUCUAGUAUAUUUGUUGAGCUUUCAGUAAAUUAUACUGUAGCCAUUUAACUGUUCUGCCCAAAUGCAUGAUGGGAAGUGGAACCAUGACUGUGCGUAUUGGCACCAAUUUAUAUCUUCUCUGCGUUGGGAAUUAACAUAGGCUGUUACGGAAAAGAUCAACUACUACCUUUCUUCCCCACAUUGCUUCCCACGAUAUUUCUCAUUGUUGAGAGAGGGAUUUUAAGGCUUUAGCCAACUAAACAAAGGCUCCAAGGACUGCCAAAAUUCACUCUAUUCAUUUUACGCUGCCUUUUAGCUCUAUAUAUAGGUAAAACGGCGCCAUUAUAGAUUGAACGCGACAAUGCAUGAGUGAGUCGUGCAGCGCAUGCGUUAAUUGUGUUAAAUAUUUUAACGUGAUUAAUUAAAAAAAAAUUAAUUACCGCCAUUAACGUGAUAAAUUUGAUAGCCCUACUUUAAGCCAAAACUAAAGACUCAGGAUGAGUGUAAGACAUUUUGUCUGUAACGUUAAAUACAAUUAGAAAACGAUUUAAUUAAAAAAAAAAAAAAAAAAAAAAAAAAAAAAAAAAAAAAAAAAAAAGGCAUGUCCGAUAUUUUUUUGCCGAUUCCGAUACUUUGAAAAUGACGUGAUCGGACCCGAUCGAUCGGGAUGCCGAUCAAUCGGGACAGCUUUACUUUCCAAUCAUAUAGGUAGUAGACAUGUGCCAAUUACCGGUUUCAAGGUAUUCCGUGGUAUGAAAAUGUCAAGGUUUCAAAACCACAAAAAUUUUCCGUCAUAGUCCCUAAGGCAGUGGUUCUUAACCUUGCUAAAAAUAGCGAACCCCUGGGGUUUCACAUGGGCAUUCACCGAACCCUUUGAAAUUUAAUAAUGUUUUUUUUUUUCCAAAUUCAAAACUGAUAUAGCUAAGCUAGCAAGCAAAUUCUCGUUGAAAUUUAUUCAAAUUUACCACAAAUAAACUUGGUGUUUUGCAGUUAGAUUUCACAUUGGAAAAUGACUUUUUUUUGUCUAUGUUCUUUUAUUUUAUAUUUAUUUUACUUUUAACCUGUCCUGUUCAGCUGGUUAGACACGGCGAAUAGGAAACUGAGUGUCCUUUGGUCUGAACAGCUUAAAAUAUAUCACAUAGGAUGUGAUGUUCAAAAUUUGUAAAUUCUGAUUUUAUGGUCGCAUCCUUGCAUCACAUUUUGUUUUCACGGCGUAAAAUGUGAUGCAAUUUUUAAAUCUGCACAGUUCACACUCCCUAUCAGUCUAUUAUACUUCCUCGUAUCAAGUUUGAGUCACCCUUCCACUGGGGAAACCAAUUUCUCCUCCCAUUAGAUAUAGGGCUAGGAGUUAAAAGAAAUGGAAUAAAGCCUGCGAAUUGGAGGCAACCCAGCCCAAAACCUAGUAUAAAACGACACUUGGCCUUUAGUCAGAGUAUGAAAAUAAUGCCCUGUGUGUCUUAACCUUCACCGAACCCCUUAGACUUACUCACCGAAACCCCGAGGGUUCAAUCGAACCAAGGUUAAGAACCACUGCCCAAAGGUAUUAGCUAUUUUUUAUGACCCAAAAAUGCAUGGGAGAAAUCCCUCGCUUGCACUUGUAAGGCUUAACCCUCCCCCACCGGUUGUUGCUCAGCAGUGUCAUCAGUAACGAGUUACUUAGUAAUCUGAUUACUUUCGUUCCGUAACGAGCAAUAUAACGCGUGCAUUUUUCCAAACAAGUAAUCUGAUUAGUUUCCUUAGUGCCUGUGCGUUACUAUUUUGUUGUUUCCACUGUAGGAUGAAAAACACUGUAGUCAUGUACAAAGAGAAUUUCGAAUAGAAAAUGUUGCUCCUGACAUCUCAUGUCACAUUUUCUCAUCGGUAUUGAAUUAAAAAAAAAAAAAGGUCACGUGUAUUACAAUGCUGUUUGAGCGCUGUCUGGUGUCUCCGGCGGUGGCGGCCAGCAACAAAGCCUGGCUACAUCCUCAGGACCCAACAAGAGGCAAGAGAGAUACCACAAACCGCUGCAUUUACUCACUGGAAAUACAGCCAUUACUUCACAUUUCUGUCCAGUAACGAUGACAAAAAUAUAUCUCCGUGCGUUGCGAACUUUGCGCUGGCUCAAAAAGACUGUCGACCGCUAAAAACUCCACAUCCAAUUCAAGGAACCAUCUGGAAUUACAGCACAAUGCGGCAAAACUCGAAACCAAGCCAAACAAGGGUCGCGAUGCAGAAAUUGCACACAUCAAGGAGUGGUCGAGAUUUUCUUUUUCAUAUAUUUACCCUUUUAAAUGUUUUUUUUUCUAUUUUGUUUUUGUUUGGAUCAAUUAUUUAUCAUUUAACAUAUUGGAGAAAAUGCGACAGUAACAAAAAAAAAAAUACCAUUAAGCGAUAGUUAUGAGGUAGAUAUCCGUGACUUUUUUACAGACGCCAUUUUUCAAUUGUGACAUAAUUUGUUUAAAAGUUUUGAAUAUGUGAGUGAAUAAUUUUUUAAUUCGUUUUUUACCCCCUAACGAUAUAUGAGACAUCAAUUAUAUGAUUCUAAGCUAAAAACGACAGACAUUUUGAAUUAUAAAUAUAAUUCAUUACCUUCGUUUUAUGGCUGGGUUGAAACAAAAGCGGUUGCGCGACGUAUGUCAACGGGGGUUCUCAGGGUAAAACAGACAAAUUAAAAAUAGUUUGGGGGCUUAAUGCACCAUGAAUCUGCUAUGGCAGCAUAUAAACAUAUUGUUCUAUCAAACACAACAGUUGUUUUGGCUUAAAAUACUUAAUUCUUUUGAAGAGGUGUGCAAGAGCAGAAACCGCUUUUUCAGUCUUGUCUGUAUAUUCCGCCAUAUACAGUACAUCUUGACACUGUUCAUCAUGUUCAAUGCUCGGUUCAAGCUCAGUUGUUGUUGGUAGCUUUUAAAAGGUUAGGUUUAAAGUAGGGUUGUCAAAAUUAUCGGGCGUUAACGGGCGGUAAUUUUUUAAAAUUAAUCACGUUAAAAUAUUUGACGCAAUUAGCGCACAUGCCCCGCUCAGAUUAAAAUGACAAGUGUAAUGUCCACUUGUUACUUGUUUUUUGUUAUUUGGCACCCUCUGCUGGCGCUUGAGUCCAAAUGAUUUUAUGGUUUGGGGAGUGAGCAUGGCGUAAUGACAUCAACAAUGGCGAGCUACUAGUUUAUUUUUUGAAAUUUUUACAAAUUUUAAUAAAACGAAAACAUUAAGAGGGGUUUUAAUAUAAAAUUUCUAUAACUUGUACUAACAUUUAUCUUUUAUGAACUACAAGUUUUUCUAUCCAUGGAUCGCUUUAAGAGAAUGUUAAUAAUGUUAAUGCCAUCUUGUUGAUUUAUUGUUAUAAUAAACAAAUACAGUACUUAUGUACCGUAUGUUGAAUGUAUAUAUCUGUCUUGUGUCUUAACUUUUCAUUCCAACAAUAAUUUACAGAAAAAUAUGGCAUAUUUUAUAGAUGGUUUGAAUUGCGAUUAAUUACGAUUAAUUAAUUUUUAAACUGUAAUUAACUCGAUUAAAAAUUUUAAUCAUUUGACAGCCCAACAUUAAAGAAAUGAUUAAAAAAAACGUCUAUCUUGCCUCCUUAGGUAUAGUUUUGGCUAAGCAAAGCAAAGGACCAUCUCUAAUGUGCUAGUUACAUGAUCUGUUCAAAAAAUAAUUCUUACCCAUUAUGAAAACCUAAGUAGGAUUCUUGCUCAUUUCAUUCAUUUUUAUUGUUUGCCUUACAACUUUUAUAGACAACAUUUUAACGGCUAGUUCUUUAUUUUUAAGUGGGAGAAUUUUUUACAUCAGGCUUUAUCUUGAGGGAGCGGGGAUUUAAUUAGUCGUUGGAGUUCCGAAUUCUGUGCAGUUUGUCAGUUAUUUGUUAGUUUCAGGGCUCCGGAGUGGCUAUGCUAGCACGAGUCAAUGAUGGUUGAAAUCAAAUCCAUCGACUAAAUAUACACCCAUUAACUCGAUGAUUAAGUUUAUGUAAAAAAUUAAAUUACAUGCGAUGACAUUUUUCUGUUGUCAUUCUUGUGAUGAGGCAGCAAAAAGAAAAAUUGGUAAAAAGAAACUUACAGAAAGAAGAAACUUAUUAUCAAAGUAACAAAGUUACUUUAAAAGUAAUCAGUAAAAUAGCUACCUUACUUUUUGGGGCAUAAUUAGUAAUCAGUAAUUAAAUUACUUUUUUAAGUAAUCUGUGACAACACUGAUGCUUAGUGUCAAUGAGUCAGCUGUGCCACAUGAUGGCUGGAGGAAAUGAAACUCCCGAACUUUUUCCCCCAUCCAAGAAAACGAAAUCGCUGGUAUGGGAAUACUUCGGCUACAGAAAAGUUAGAUGGCCGCAGCUUAGAGGAGGGCCAACUGACAUGUAAAACAUGUUUGCGGAGGGUGGCUACUGAGGAUGCAAUACCUCAGAUAUGAUUUCGCAUUUAUACAAAAUUAAAGGUUGGUAAACGGUCUCAUGGACAUUUCCCACCAGCUACAAGAGUUAACUCCAGUGUGUUUAGUGUGGCUAGCAGUGGUAAAACAUGUUAUAUUUUCACUCUGGCAACUGUCUGUGCUGAGAAAAAGAUUGUAUGUAUAAUAUAAACAUGAUACGAGUCAUACACAUGUGCUUUUUUUGGAAAAUAAUUCAAUUAUCUUUAUCUGAUGGUAAUAAUGUUGAGCUAUGGGUUUAGGCUCAUCUAAAGGAUUGCAUGUAUUCUAAUUUUAUUUAGAAUAUUUUGUUAUUUAAAAAAAAUAUAUAUAUUUUAACUUUUUACUUAUGUUCCAAUUUGCCAGUAUGUUUUCGGAAAAAAAAAUCAUAUUCAAUGGUUUGUUUUUAAAACCAAGAUAUCUCAAAGUAACACAUUUAGACCUGUAAUUGCAAUACCGUGAAACUGAUAUUUUGGCUUAAGGUUAUCAUACCGGCAGAAUAUCAUACUGGCAGAUGCCUAACAUUUAAUAUUUACCUUUCAUAUAUUACUUUGUAUAUUCAGCCACCCAAUUUACCACAUGCACUGUAACUGGCAAUUUUUUGGUGAAUGAAUAAUUGUUUCCAAUUCCACAAAUAUUGGGCAAAAACACAUUUUGAGAUGCCAACAUUUAUUUCAAUUUAACCCUAUAUUGACAAAUGUAUCGCAUUUGAUACACCUAAAAUUCCAUGAUUUUUAGACUAAUUCAGAAUUUUGACAUUUCUUUUUGGGAAGAAAAAAAAAAAAAAGAUGGAUGCAAGUCAACACAUGCAUCUGCAUUCCAUGAAAAAAACAAACAGGAUUUAGCAAGGGUUAUAUUUAUCUGAGCACUUAUUACACAUAUUCAUUUUGACUUUUCUUUUUACAAAUUUGAAAAAAAGGUUUCAUUACGACCUUAUUUUUCAAAUUUUGGGAUUCUCUGAUGAUUGCUUCAUAUUGCUGGCAUUAAAGGGUUAAAAAGUGCUUUAUAUCUGUCCUACACCAAUACAUCUCUAAACCGUUUUCUGGAUUUAAGUGUUCAUGUUAAUAGAAAAGCUUCUCUGUGUACGUUUGCUUUAGAAUAUAGAAAAUUUUGCUGAAAGGACAAUCAAUAAUGUUUAGUUAUUAUGUUCUGGUAUUUUUUGCAGUGCAAAAUAUUGAUUUUAUAUUACUCUGACAUUUACCAAGUCACAAUAAUCAGUUUUAAAAACAACAUUGACAAUAAGUGGAGAAAAAUAAUUACCUUCCCCAACAGCUUCCAUUUUGAAAUCACUGUUUCAAGUGAACUUGUAACUGUGAAUGCAUCACAGCCAUAUUUUUCAGUAUUCUAACUUAGUUCAACGUCUGAUGUAAAGAUGGUGCAUACUUACUGUUCUACUGUAUGAAUAUUUUCAUUAAAUUUUCCAGACGCUGCACAAUGAAGUUGCAGGUAGAUUCUUUUGGCUUGCGUUUUGUGGCAAUUUCAUCAGCUCUAUAAAUUGAAGGCAUCAUUUCAGGAAUGACAAAAAAUAUACAGUGAAAAUAUCCCUUUUCAGUGUGAAUUGCAUUGUUUGCCGUUUGGGUUUUAAAAAGCAUUGAUAUUUUAGAGCA